AUGUUUCUUCGCUCCGUCGCUCGCGCUGUUCCUCGCAGCCCAGCCGCCAUUCGCGCCGGUCCAAUUGCUUCCCUGAACGCUCUGAACGUCCGCGCUGCCUCGGACCAUGCUAUCUCGAACCCAACUCUUGCGGGCAUUGAGAAGCGCUGGGAGGCUCUGCCCCCUCAGGAGCAGGCCGAGCUGUGGAUGCAGCUCCGUGACCGCAUGAAGGUUGACUGGCAUCAGUUGACCCUCCAGGAGAAGAAGGCCGCCUACUGGAUUGCUUUUGGUCCCCACGGCCCCCGUGCUGAGGCCCCCAAGGGUGAGGGUCUCAAGAUUCUCUUCAAGGUGUCCCAGCUGCUCGCCGCCUCUUUGGCCCUCUUCUACACCAUCCACCUCUUCGCCAAGCCCAAGCCUAAGACCAUGUCCAAGGAGUGGCAAGAGGCCUCUAACGAAUACGCUAAGGCUGAGAAGAUCAACCCCAUCCACGGUGUUGGCAAGGAGGGUUACGAGGGUGCUGGCUUCGUCCAGAGCGGCCCUGCCGAGAAGUCAUAA